AGAGCCCUUCACUUCCUGCUCUCAGUCACUCGCUGAUACUCUUCAGACACUUUGACGUUUCUCAGACAGUCGACGAAAGGAGAACCAUUUCUUUGCUCUUCUCCGGUGAGUUCCAGCCCUCUCUUCAUCCAUCUUCAUCUUCUGAUGCAUGAGCCAGCUGGAGACAUGGUCGUCUGUUACAUCCUGGAUGGGGUGCUGAUCCUGUACGGCAUCAUUCUAACCAUCCUUUACUGCCGACUGAGGAUGCGUCCAUCCAACAACAUUGCCGAUUACCCCGAGAAGCAGUCCGCAGGUGGAGGCAUCUAUGCGGGUCUGACGUCCAAAACCAGUGACACCUACGAGACCAUCAACAUGAGCAAAAAGCCCAUUGUGUAAUUUGCACCAUUUCAGUAAAAUCAGGACGCCGAGCUGAAAAAUAUGGCUUUGUGCUCUAGUCUCCGUAUAGUCACUUUUUGAGACUCUUGUUUACUUUUUCACCUUUUGUAAAAUAUUCCUUCUCUGUUUCUGCACAAAACUAGUAAAGUUAUUUAACAAGUGAUGAUUAAAUUAGUGCCUGGUGA